CAAUUAUACGUGUUCGUGGAAAAUAUCAGUCAAAUAUUUGUCAAAGAAUGUACAUCAUUUAGUUGAAACCGUGUGAACGUUAGUUUCAUUGAUUUUGUGGUGUCUUUGUGUCCACCGUCACUUGGAGGCGCCCACAAGCCGCGAGCUGAGUGACGCCUCGAGCCGGAUGCUGCAAGAUGGACUUUCACAUGGCGAGAACAUCGCCGGUGAGCUGAUCGCGUCUCUCUAUCGCACUGUGGACAGUCAGCGGACACAAUACGCUUCUCAACAGGAAGCCACAAAUGGAGGCGAUGCGCAGGGCAGAAGAAGCGAAGUGAAAUCGAUUGACUGGUUUUAAGUAAUUGGUUUAAUUGAUUGAUUAAUUGAUUUGCUUGAUGUUUUAAACUGACGUGAACGCGAAAUAAAAAACGAUAUUGAACAAAAAAAUAAUAAUAAACCGUGAGUUUUGGUUGCUUAAUCGAGCUCCGACGGACCGGACAAUGGCGGCGGUAACGAGCCCGGAAUCGAGCGCUCAACCCCGCGUCUACUUCCAGACGCCUCCCGGUACCGAAGAAGAAGUUCCCCAGAAGCAAGGACGAGUGACGGUGAAAUAUGACCGAAAGGAGCUCCGGAGGAGGCUGAACCUGGAAGAAUGGAUAGUGAGCCAAUUAAUGAAUUUAUACGACUGUGAGGAAGACGAAGUUCCUGAGCUGGAGAUUGAUGUGGACGAGCUCCUGGACCUGCCCAGUGACGUCGAGAGAGCCAUCAGAGUGAAGAUGCUGCUUGUUGACUGUUACAAACCUAAUGAUGACUUUGUGGCUGCGCUGUUGGAGAAAGUGCGAGGCAUGCAGAAGCUCAACACCCCACAGAAGAAGGGGGACAUAACCCCAUGAAGCAUCCAGAAGCUCCUCCACUACAAACACCACCACCACCACCGUUACCCUGUUCCUCCAACCAUGCACGGUGGAGAAGGACACACGGACCGUACUAUUCCUCUCCGGUGUGUCAAAUGGAAAUGAGCGAGGAGCUCAGCCAAGCCAAUCUCAGCUGCAGGUUAAUCACGCCACCUGUCUUACUUUGUUUUAAUUACCGUUUCCUUACUAUAUUAUUCCCAUACAGUGUGUGCUAGUGUCCCUUUAUUAGCUUAUACGUACUGGAAGGGGCAGGACGUGUUGUGGAAUGGUUAGUGUUAAUCAAUUUUUGUACGCUUAUACACUAAGUGCAUCUGUAAUUGAGUAGAAAAUUAGGUUACAGCUUUUUUUUUUCCCAUCCGUGUAGCUCUCAUCGGACGUCUUUUGGGUUUAUUUUUCCCUUUUUUCUAACUCUUGUUCCUUCCAUAAAUAACACUCGGGCUACGGCAGCUAUUGGACACAACAAAGAGAGAGUGACGUUUUAAAUCAAACCAAGCUUCUUGGGUUGCGAUGUAUUUCGAAGCAAACAGGGGAACAAGGGAAAAACAGGGCUUUUGCGUGUUUGAGAUUUUUUUUUUUUUCUCAUUUUUGUAGGAGUUUAGGACAAGAACCACGAAUCUCUUCGCUUUGUAAACUUUGUUGCUUUCUGGGUGCUUUUUAAAACAGAAGAUCAAUGUCUAGAUCAACAAAUUCAAUCCGAACUGUAGCAAUACAUUCAAGAGUGCUUUUUUUUGUGUUAUGGUUUUCAACCAGCCGCCAUGUGCGCAUAUAUAUAUAUAUAUAUAUAUAUAUAUAUAUAUAUAUAUAUAUAUAUAUAUAUAUGCAGCUUGAACAGUUUCUUUAAUGAUACCAGAGUGAAAUGUUUGGACAGCACUAGUAAAUAAGUCAUAGAUCCCCAAUAGGAAAAAGAGACACUUUUUUUUGUACAUAAAAUUUUUAUUCGACUCAACAAUUUAAACUCCAAACGUUUUUUUAGACAGUAAAGAAGUAAACGCAAUCCCUGUGUGCUGGAAUGAAAUCCUGUACUGUAUGCACUCUCACAUCCAAGUGUGUGUAGUAAGAUUGUUAAGAAAAUAAAGAAUGGUGCUGAAAACA